GAGAGACGCCACCGUGAGGCACACUAGCCACAAACCGACCAAGGCCAUUAAAAUUUCUCACUCUCUUUUGGACGGAAGAGUGGUGCAGAGAUGUCCCCGAAAAAUUCCGUCCUGUUCCUUCUAUUCUUACUCUUCCACUCGACUCCCAUCUUUCUCUGCGAUCUCACAGAAGGUCGGCAUGUUGGAAAUGGAAGAAAGCACAACAAUGAUCAUCAUGGACAUUGGGGAAGGAAGGGAAACAAUGGCCGGCCGAAGGGUCCGAAUCCCCCCGCUCACUCUCCUCCUCCGUCACAUUCUGAUGAUAGACCUUACUCGAGUCGCGUUUUCGACAUUUUAUCAUUUGGCGCCGCCGGUGAUGGAGUUACUGACGAUUCAAAGGCACUUCUGCAAGCAUGGGAGGCUGCAUGUUCGGUGGGGUCUGCCACCAUUGAAAUCCCAUCAGAAUUCAAGUUCCUCAUUCGCCCGGUUACUUUGAAGGGACCUUGCCGGCCUGACCUUGUUCUUAAGAUAGAUGGAGUCAUCAUGGGCCCAUCAGACUUAAGCGACUGGCCUCACAAAGGGCUUCUCCAAUGGAUUAACUUGAUGUGGGUCCAUGAUUUUACGAUCAGAGGAAACGGAAUUGUUGAUGGCAGAGGAUCCCAUUGGUGGGAAGAACCAGAGAGUCUUUUCCAAGAGUCAACUUACAGAAAGUCCAAAAUCAUCCCAGACACGAAGCCCACGGCCAUCAGAUUCUACGGGAGCCAGAACGUGACCGUGAGGGACAUCAGUAUUGUCAACAGCCCCCAGUGCCACCUGAAAUUCGAUGGUUCCGGUGGAAUCCGUGUGUCAAACAUAACAAUCAUGUCGCCGGGAAACAGUCCGAACACCGACGGGAUACAUCUCCAAAAUACAAAUAAAGUGGAAAUCACGGAUGCCACUAUUGGCUGUGGUGAUGAUUGUAUAUCAAUACAGACAGGAUGUUCAGAAGUUUACAUUCAUCGAGUCAACUGUGGCCCAGGACAUGGCAUAAGCCUAGGUAGCCUUGGAAGAGACAACAGCCUAGCGUGCGUGAACAACAUAACAGCCAAAAAUAUAACCAUCCAAGAUGCCCUCUCUGGGGUCAGGAUCAAGACAUGGCAGGGCGGGAAGGGCUGGGUGAGAGGCGUGACGUUUUCCGACGUCUCCGUGUCCAACGUGGAAACGCCGAUCGUGAUCGACCAGUUUUACUGCGACCGGCGAUCCUGCCGGAACUCCAGCGAUGCGGUGGCCGUGUCCGACGUGACCUUCAAUGGCGUGAGAGGCACCUACGCGCGGCAGCCCGUCUACCUCGCCUGCAGCGACGCUCGGCCGUGCGAAGGGGUGAGGCUGACGGACGUCGAGCUCUCGCCGGCGUCGGAGAGGCAUCUCAGAGGACUCCUGCGGCAGCCCCUCUGCUGGAACGCCUACGGGGAGACGCGGGCACCUCUCCUCCCGCAGGGGAUCGACUGCCUCCAGAAAGGCGGCGCCGCUGCCCUCCUCCUUUCCGGCGCGUCUGCCCAGGAUUCUCAUCCCUCCGAUCAAUGCUUACCCUGACACCGUGUUUCAUAGCCAUCGAUGCCUGAGCAUUUUCCGUGCUGUCGGUUUGUAUAAAACUCAAAGGACGAUUGCAGGUAAAUAAGCGAAAUGACCGCCUGAAUUUGAGGAAAAGCUGCUGUAAUUUUUGUACGUGGCAGUGAAUUUUUAUGUGCUCAUCUUUGGUACUCUGUAUUGGGUCAGGUCUCCUGGGUUGAGUGUUUUAUCUGUCUCAAUUUAUUUUCCUUUUGUUGUUCACGGGAAAGAGGAAAUAGGGCAUGCCUCCCUUCUGUAAGCUUUUUAUAUGAUGAAGGUGAUGGAUUUUCAGUUUUUUUUUUUCUCCUUAAUUUGUUUUUCUCUUUCUAAAUAGGUGAAUUAAAUGCAAGAUUCCCUGCCGUUUUAUUAGGAAUUUCUUUUCAUUUUUGGGUAGUGCUAAAUGGUAACGUUAGAGUGCAAAAAAAAUUGGGUGAAAGAAUCAUCUUUUUCUAAGCAAAGAUGUAGCAGUGGUUUCAUUUCAGUUCUGCUCCAUUUCGCGAUCCAAAGCAUACCAUGUUAUAUGAAUUUAAGCAUUAAAAUUACUGCUUGAUUUCAAGCUUGGGUGUCUGAAAUUGAGGGCUCAGUCUAUGAAAUCCGGCGAAGUGCGAACAUAGUGAGGCACGCGUCACAAAUUUUAUGGAAAUCUUGCUUAAAAAACGACCAACGUUUCCUGGUUUUCUUUUUCUAGAAAUCAGUACUGUAGCACUGUUGGUUUUAGUUUAACCUGUUUUAGCUGAGCCUAAAUAAAACUUGCUUUGGUAUUAGCAGCAGAAAGUUUCGAGUUCAUGAAAUUGGGAUCCUGUACUGAUUCUUGCUCUUAUUUGUUGGAGUUGAUGAGAAUAGUCUCACUUCAGAAUUCGUAGUUUGUAAGUAUUCCAAUUCAUCUCGUGAUCAUACUUGUCAACAGUUGCUCCAAUAUGCCUUUCUGGCUCUUCUGUUUAGCCAGAAAAAAAAAACUUGUAAUUCCUUACAAUAUUGCUGCAAUUUAUUACAUUGCAUUCCAGUAUAUGUUUUUUUUUUUUUGGAAAUAAA